CUAAAAAGCAAUCGAUUGCAACUUUAGUGCCGAAUCUUCGAUUGAUUGACUCCCUGCAACAGCUUGCUGGGCCCAGACUUCGAUUUUCCCAAGGCCAAUUAUCUCACCCGCACAAUACUCGAGAAUCCUCACCACCCAUUUCCAACCGCCGUACGACCACUCUCGGGGAAGACGGCAACCCCGGAACACCAAUAUCUGCUCGAAUUUGAUUCAAAUUGCUCCCAUCAUACCCUGGGCGCUCUCACUAUGCCUCUCACAACCCCCGUCUUGACGGUGGAUGCGGAUAAUAUUCACAAGGUGGAUACUGCAAAUGCUCAGAGCCUUCAUGGCAUGUGGAUGGUGUUUUCUAAAUGUGCCGACUACAUGGACCAGGGCCGCAGGCUCGAGAACCUAAGUUGGCGAUUGUGGACUCGUGAGACCUUCUGCGUUGAGCCCGAAAGCUCCAAAGGUACUUCAGGACUGCUUAAGUUCCGUUCCGAGGCCGGUGAUCUCCCGGAGCUCUCCGCUAGUGUUGAGUCGGCCGCGUCCGACCAAGCCGAACGCAUCGAAGCACACAUCAAACGACCUAAGUUCUCCGACUACCGCCCGGCUGUGGUUCGUGAAGACUCGCUAGCCAGCCUAGGCCGAGGAAAAGAGAAGCACAUCACCUCGCUGGAUCUGGAACGCAUGGUUCUCAAUAUCAAGGAGAAGAAGAAUCUCGAACCCAUUGCUACUGUCGAGCCCGCCGCCCCUGUCGUUGAUAUCACACCCCGCCCAUCGACUCCUACCCCGACUCCUCCUUCCGUCUCUACUGCUAGACAGGUUCCCGUGUUUCCCCGUCCGUUCCAAGAAGCCCACGAGUCUACCGAGUCUUGUUCGACUACUGCACCCGAAGGCAAUGAAAGCGAUGGAGCUGAAAAUGCUGCUUCGGAUACAAGUGUCUCGUCCUCAGGUGUUCUUCCUAGUGCCUCGGAAUUGAUUAAAUCACCCAGCAUCAUUCGGGGCUUCUCGCCGUCCAUGAUCUCUUCGUCCUAUCGGUCGCAAGCUAAGUUGGCCGUCGAUCCCAGCCCUUCCCGCGCCACUACUCAACUUAAACCAUCUGCGUUGAAGAAAAAGGGAGGCAUGUUCACCUUGGGUGGAUCUUCUGGUGACGAUGAUGAGAGUUCCUUUGAGGAACGAAUGGUCGUCAAGCCAACUCAGGAGAACGCGACCGGUGGACUACUACGACCUACGACCAGCAACCCCAGCCCCUCGAAGAAGGUUGCAUCAUUCAGCGAUGAAGUCGCUUUCCGACCAAAGAGCCCGAUUCACCUCGACGAGGAUGCGAUUGAGACCGAUGAUGAGGUUUCUGAAAGUGCCAUCGAGGACGACGAAGAUUCGGACUGGGAGGACUCGGUCACAGAAAGCGGUAAAUCUAGCGUGGACGAGCGACCGGAGCUCUUCAAACGAGUGGACUCUCGCCCUAACCUGGUCUCUCGCCGAUCGCUCCUUACCAUGAUGAUGCACCAGCCGCCCAACAUGAGACAGACGAAUGCGUUCCGCUCCAGUCCUGCCCUGCAGCGGUCUCGGUUGACAUCACCCAACGGCCCGUCCAUACCCGCUUCGCCCCCAGCAAAGGAUGAUGAAACCUUGACUAUGCGUGUUCCCGACGUUCCCCGAUCGAAGCCCAUCAUUAUGAAGUCCCCGCCAUCGCAAUCCGCUGCUCAUUCGCCUCGCACCACCCGUCGCAACAUGCUUGCGACCGAGUUAACCGAGUCCCUUCGCAAACAUCUCUUGUGGGAGCGCCAGCAGAAGAGUGCUACUGCCAAUGCCUUCCUGAAGCGACGACACACUUCCCAUGAUGUGAAGAACCUACAAGAGUACCCUGGACCAAAGGGACCUCAUCGAACUCCGGGCGCAGGGCCAUCCGCCCCCGGUGACGCCAACCAGACUCGGGAUAAGGACUUCUCGAAGAACGGAUCAUGGACUAACUAUGCCACCGAUUACGGUCCAUGGGAAUACCAUGUCAAAGGCUGGUAAAUGAUACACCUGUGAACUCUCACUCUUACCGACACGCUACCGAUUCUUGAUACCUCUCGAUACCCGUCUCGUUCGCGAGCGACUUCUUACUAUCUUUCUCACCGACACGUACGAUCAUGAACAUGCAUUGCAUCUAGGCGCAUCUAUGGAUUUGUUUUACCCGAUUUGGGUCUCAUCGGGUCCGGGGUUUUGGUGUGUUUUACCAUACAAGCAUUCACUGGGCGCGUCCCUGUCUGGAUCUUUCUGGACCACCUCCAAAGGAACGAUCACCCAUUACGACUUUAAUAUUCAUGUACAGCUCAAUCUCUUGUCCUUUCACCUGGGCCUUCAAAUGGUUUAUGAAUACGGUCUUAUCCUUCUAUCUACCAAGAGAUACCCCAAAGGUUUCUUC